CGCCAGGACACUGAAGUCACGUGAUUCCGUGUCAGUUGAACGUGCUUCCCAUUUAGUUGAGUACGCAGCAACCAACAGCCUUCCUAGCGGUAAACACAAGGAUUUUACUCUAACAAGUAGCAGUCUGCACCUCUCGUCACCUUCACAACAAUGGCGGUCGUCACUCAGCCCACGGGAAACCCCAACCUCCUGGUCAGACCGGAAGGUCACCGAGACUGGUCAACGGGCAAGUUCGGCUGUGCCACCGACUGCGGCUCGUGUCUCUGCACAUGGUGUUGUCUGCCGUGCAUGCUGUGCCGCCUUGCCGAGAGAAUGGAUGAAUGCUGCAUGAUGCCCUUCUGUGUUCUCGGAUCUCUUGUUGCUAUGAGAACCAAAGUCAGAACCAUGGGUGGGAUUUCGGGUUCAAUCUGUAAAGAUUGUCUUUCCGUUGCUUGCUGUGGACCAUGCAUUGUGUGCCAGAUGUCUCGUGAGAUGGACAACAUGGGCCUGUAGAGUUCC